AUGAUUCAUCUCGUCUUCCUCCUAUGUUUCUUCCUCAUGAACCUGUGUUCCUCAGCGGCGGACACGAUUUCCGGCAACCAAACUUUCUCCAGCGACCAAACCAUCGUUUCUUUCGGCCGGAACUUCGAGCUCGAAUUCUUCUCACCAGGUAAUUAUUCAAAACACUACAUGGGAAUCAACAAAAAAGUCAACAAACAAACCGUAGUCUGGGUCGGGGUCGCCAACAGAGUAACCCCAAUUUUCGACAAAAACUAUGCCCACCUCACGAUUGUCGACGGAAAUUUAGUCCUGUUGAAGGAGUCAAAAUCCCAUAUUUGGUCCACCGGUGUAAAAACUCCGAACAAUUCCAGCGCCGUCGCCGCCGUGCUCGACGACGGGAACCUGGUUCUGAAAAAUGGGUCGGGUUCAAACCCAUCAAAUUGUUCCCAACCCUUUCUAUGGGAGAGUCUCGAUCGAUAG